GAGGCAGGUUUGUUGACUCAGUCGGAUCUCGGGAUAGCCCGGAGCGGUCGUAGACGAAGUAGCUAGCUCUCUAUUACAGUCCGAACCUCCUAUCCAAAAUAAUAAUAAAAAUUCUAAUAGUAAUCCAGUUAUGUAGUUCUAUGUACACGCACUCUCUGAGCAUGAGAGGAGGCUUGUAAGCAAAAGAUGUUCGAGCUACCGGGGGAGCCUUUGAACAAGCCCGGUGUUAGUAGCAUUAGCUUAAUUUGGAAGAUAGACGAGAUAAACAAUUGAAGUUCCCCAGGAGGAGUGAGACAACUCCGGCUAGGCUAAGCGGUGCUAGCCUCGGCCAGCUGUAGUAAGCUGGCGAGUGACGUGGGACAUGGGAUCCUUCAUAUUUCUACAAGGACUGAGACUGUAAAUUAUUCGGUGAGUGACCACAGAAAACGGUAUUUCUGCGCUGCUGGGAAGCUCUCUGGUCCAGGCUUCGCUGCUGGCCUUGGAAGUUAGCAGACGGCUAAUAGCUUCACGUCUGCCUUUCCACUAGGGUGCAUGUUGCUGAUGGCUUCCCCGCCAGCUAUGGACACUGUGACUGACUCGUGCCCCACGGUACACCAAAAUGGGACCGCCCAUCGAGAAUCUUCAGACACAAGACAAGCUGCUCCUGUUCUGAGGCUUCAUUUCUACCACAGCAGCCAGGGAGCAGCCGAAAGCAGCUUCCUCAGCUACCCACCUGGGGACUAUGUGGCUGAGGAGCUGUGUAUAGAUGCAGCCAAGGCGUGCUGUAUAUCACCCCUGUACUACAGCCUUUUUAGCCUUUUCCGAGAGGGUGACAGCACGUGGUUUUCUCCCAACCACAUCUUCCGACUUGAUGAACUGGCUUCUGAAGAUCUGUUUUUCAGAAUACGGUACUACUUUCCUGGCUGGUACAGUAAUGGGGCAUCGCGGGCUUAUCGAUAUGGGGUCAAAAAGGGGUCAGAGAGUCCUGUCCUUGAUGAUAAUGUAAUGUCCUACCUCUUCUCUCAGUGGAGGAAUGACUUUGUGAAUGGAGUGGUGAAGAUUUCCAACUCCCACGAGUCACAGGAAGAGUGCCUUGGUAUGGCGGUGCUGGACAUGACGAGAAUAGCUAAGGAAAGGCAGAUGUCCCCUUUGGACAUCUAUCACAAUACAAGCUACAAGUCCUUCUUACCAAAGGGUAUGAGAAAUCAGAUCCAGGAUUGUAGUUUUUUAACUCGUAAGAGGAUCCGUUUCCGCUUCAAGCGCUUCAUCCAGCAAUUCAGUCAGUGUCGCACCACGGUCCGCGAUCUGAAGCUCAAGUACCUCAUCAGCAUCGAGUCACUAGAAAAAGCCUUCUACACAGAGACCUUUCAGGUCAAAGAUCCAGCUAGCGGACCGCUCAUCAUUCUGGUUGCUGCCGACACUGGAAUCCAGUGGUGUCGAGAGAAAGUAAACGAUUCUGACGAGGAGCUGCAGACAUUGUGUGACUUCCCUGACGUCACCGACAUCAGCAUCAAGCAGGCAAGCAAAGAUGGCGCCACAGAAAGCCGGUUGGUCACAAUCAAUAAACAAGAUGGGAAAAAUCUGAUAAGGAUGGAGUUUGCCGUCAGUCGACUUCAGAAGUGUGGAAACAAGCGGGGUUUGUACAUCUUGAGAUGUAGCCCCAAAGACUUUAAUAAGUAUUUCAUAACUUUCCCAGUGGAGGUGUUUGAUUCGGUGAAUUACAAGCACUGCCAGGUCACCAGGUCUGCCUCUGGUGAUUAUAACCUCAGUGGAACAAAAAGAAACUUCAGUACCUUGCAGGAGUUGCUCCGCUGCUACCAAAAAGAAACGGUUCGCUCGGACAAUAUUGUUUUCCAGUUCAGCAAGUGCUGUCCUCCUCAGUACAAAGAAAAAUCCUGCCUCCUCAUCUGCAGGAGCAACAAGGGUUCUGAAGUGUCUCUCUCUCCCUCACUGCAAAGACACAACAUUAGUCAGAUGGUGUUUCACAAGAUCAGGAAGGAAGACUUGGACUAUGUGGAAAGCCUUGGACAAGGGACAUUUACAAAGAUCUUCAAAGGGGUCCGAAAGGAGCUGGGAGACUAUGGACAGAUGCACGAAACAGAAGUUGUAAUGAAAGUUCUGGACGUGGCCCACAGAAAUUAUGCCGAGUCUUUCUAUGAAGCAGCCAGCAUGAUGAGCCAGUUGUCCCAUAAACACCUGAUCCUGAACUAUGGUGUGUGCGUCUGUGGAGAAGAGAAUAUCAUGGUGCAGGAGUAUGUAAGGUUUGGCUCUCUGGACACCUACCUCAAGAAGAACAAGAACUCUAUAAACAUUCAGUGGAAGCUGGAAGUGUCAAAACAGCUGGCCUGGGCCAUGAACUUCCUGGAAGAGAAGAAUCUUGUCCAUGGGAAUGUUUGUGCCAAAAAUGUUCUGCUGAUCAGGGAGGAGGAUCGGAAAGCUGGGAACCCUCCUUUCAUCAAGCUCAGUGACCCUGGAAUCAGCAUCAGCAUCCUGCCUAAAGAGAUCCUGAUUGAAAGGAUCCCCUGGGUGCCACCUGAAUACAUACAGGAGUCUACCAAGCUGAGCCUAGCAGCAGACAAGUGGAGCUUUGGCACCACGUUGUGGGAAAUAUGCAGCGGUGGAGAGAAACCCCUCGCAGGGCUGGACAACUCUAAGAAAGUCCUGUUCUACAACGAUCAGCAGCAUCUUUCAGCACCAAAGUGGACAGAACUGGCUAACCUGAUUACCAGCUGCAUGGAUUACGAGCCCACAUUCAGACCCACAUUCCGGGCAGUAAUCCGCGACCUUCACAGCCUUUUCACACCAGAUUACGAGUUAAUCAUGGAGGACAUCCUGCCAAACCGAACCACUGGUGCUAGCUGGACAACCGGGGGUUUGGAAAACCAGGAGCCGGCUCUCUUUGAAGAACGCCACCUCAUAUUUUUACAGUUGCUCGGCAAGGGAAACUUUGGCAGUGUGGAGAUGUGUCGCUACGACCCACUUCAGGACAACACAGGAGAGGUUGUGGCUGUGAAGAAACUCCAGCAAAGCACAGCAGAGCACAUACGAGACUUUGAGCGGGAGAUUGAGAUCCUGAAAUCUCUCCAGCAUGAGAACAUUGUCAAGUAUAAGGGAGUUUGUUACAGUGCAGGUGCGUUUGUCAUUGUAGCCCUCGUUUUACCCCUGAACCGUUCUAACAUGAAGACUAUGGAUUUUGGAAGUCUGUUGCUGCUGCAGAGCGUUUGUGACUUCUGUAAGCCGCACCAUGUGCUGAGCCUGCUUUGCAACUUUAUGGAGAGCCCCAUAUUCUGGUAUUCCCCUGAGUCGUUGACCGAGAGCAAGUUCUCUGUGGCCUCAGAUGUCUGGAGCUUUGGAGUGGUGCUGUAUGAGCUCUUCACCCACAGUUACAAAAACUGCAGUCCACCUGCAGUUUUCAUGUCAAUGAUGGGUAACGACAAGCAGGGACAGCUGAUUGUCUAUCACCUCAUUGAGCUCCUCAAAUCAGGCAGCAGGCUGCCUCAACCCCUGGGUUGUCCUUCAGAGAUAUAUAGUAUUAUGGAGGAGUGUUGGGAUAAAGACCCAACUCUACGUCCGUCUUUUAACGAGCUGGCUUUGCGCAUCGACCUCAUCAGGGACAACGAGGAAUUUUGAAAAUAAAGUGCCCACCUUGUUUUGAACCCAAGACAUUAGAAACGCUGCUGCCCAGAUUGUGGCUGAAGUAUGAAGACCAAAGAAAGGAUCAUCUGCCCCUGCAUGCUCUAAAGCGCCAAGACUUAGAAUGAGGAUCUACUGCCGAGGUGCCUUCAAGCAUGGCACUUUUCUGAUGUGGAGCAGCACAGUGGCCUUUGGCUGGUUGGAAAUGCUCAGACGGCUAAAAAAAAUUUGAAGGGGAUGCCGCUGAAAAUGAGCAACUGUAUUUGGUCAAAGUUUGAAAAGAAGACUUGAAGCAACAAUAGAGACUGUGACAAAACUGUUGCCAGACCUAAAGCUAGAAACGCUUGUGGUGAACAAGUUCUUUAUGUGAUUAUUUGUGUGUCUGUGAGUGUGUGAGCAUGUGCCUCUGCAUGUAAGGAGCUAGCUGGGCUAGCUCCAACGUCCCCGUCUGUCACCUAAGAAGUGAACUAAUAGCUUAUUUUUUAUAUGUUUAACUGACUGUAUUAUAGCUGUAGCAUUGUGUACAUAUGUCAGAAAGAUUUUAUAAUUUUAUAAAUUUAAAUAAUAUUAACACUAUUUGAGGUGCCAGCAACUGCCAUUGUAAAGUAUGUGCAUAAAAAGGUGAUCUUAAAAAUCUGUCAAGUUUUUGUUGUGGCAUGGUAAUUAAAGAACAUAUCUGUGAAGCAAUUUCUG